AGGAGGUGGGUUCAGAGGCGUCCACGGUGUGCAGGAGCUUGUCCAAGGUCCGCCUUGGCUACCUGGACGCUGCCGUUUCCUGAGAUCAUCGACAUCAGCAACAAAGAUUGGUUGGCUACAUCUUUCUUCGAGCUGCUGCCUGUUAUCGAUUUUGUUGGACAGCUUCAAAACGCCGACAUCCACUUGACUUCACUCGCAGAUGCUGAACGUGUCAAGGCAGUGACACGGGAAGAGGCAUUUGAGCUGUGCAAGGACAUCAGAGGCAGCCAGCCAACCCGGAAGAGUGGGAAGGCAGCUGCAGCAAAUGAAGACAUUGUACCACUCUGCCGGCGGCCACAACUCCGACCUGGUGCUAACGGCCACCUCCCCAACAAGCUACUGCUGGCAGCGAUGAAAAUCAUGCAUAAUUUUCAGGUUCAAAGCAUGUUGGAGGAUGAGAUGAAGGGCGAAACCGGGAGGAGGAGGCGGCGCGGUGGUGAACAUCAUAAGCGACAUCUAGAAGCGCAGCGUGAAGGCGCUCAGGAUAACGAGGAGGAUGAACCAAUGGCAGUGGUGACCUUGGUCUUUGACUCCAUGUGUUUAGUUUGUUGGUUUGUGCAGGUGCAGGCAGAUGCAGCAAGCAGUGACAUGGUAAAGCUCCGUCAGCGGCGCGGCUACUGUGUUGGCCGAGAACCAGUUGGGUUCCUUUUGCUGUCAUAUUCAUCAUCCAGUAGUAGUAGCUCGAGGAUUUGUGGCUGUAAUAUUAUUCAUCAUCAGAGGAGAGUUUGCUGUAGUACUAAUAGCAACUGUGUGUUCCGUCUGGUGGGAGUUGCGUCGUGGCGGUAAAUCUUUACUUGUUGGAUCAGACUGUGUGUUUUAAAUGUCUCGUGGAGUUGCAGAUGAGCACUAGUAGUAUUUAA